AUGCUCCAGUCUACCCAGGAACUUCCACAUUCAGACGUCAAUACCCUCUUGGAACUAAUCACCGCGCGCCUCUCCAACCACUUCCCGGACGCGCCCAACAACAAAGUCUUCAUAUUCCCUUAUGCCAAAGUCCUCACUAUCGUCGUCCGCCAGCAGGACCUCCUCAUGUCGCUUCUUCCGCAGACCGCAAUCUCCGCUCACCGCCGCCGACAAAUCCUGGCGGUUUUGUUCAUGAUUCACCAUGAUCUCAUCAAUACUCUGUCCCGCGCCAUCCUUGUCCCGUACAACAAACAAACCAAAAUCGCUUGA